AUGACGACAUUGGUGGUUCUUGUCCCGUUGGCUCCAGUGCUACUGCUCAGCGUCGUCUGCCUCGUGCUUUCGAGCAGUUUACGAUCAGGCGAGAAACGCAGAAGGCUCCAAAAGCACCGCAAAGGGGACACGCACGUGUGCUCGAGCGACUCUUUACGGGUGAAACUGCAAGCCGAAACGGCUGGGACACUCGAUACAGUCGCCACGAGCAAAUCCCGUACCUUUCGUCCGACAGGCGACCGUGCUUUACAGGGUAUUGGGGCCAUUUUACAACUUGUGCUCGACGUCGCGUAUCGCUUGACGACAGAAGUGCCUGUGCUCAUGGUGAACCAGCUAGACCAUCAGUUGUUCUGCAUGACCCGAGUGGGUGCGAGGAACACGCGGCUUCGAGCCGAUGAGAAGAACGCAGAGCUCUUGAAUAGUCGCCACCAAGGGGAAUUUCCAGGACUUUCGACCUGGAGCGACGACGAAGCGCCGGAAGAAGAAAUGAGCGACUCGUCUUGGGAUGAAGACGACAGUGAAGAGGGAGACGAGCAAUUGGCAGAAGAGGUUGCACCUGCCACGACCACAGCACCGAGCCAUCUCUUUUUCGAUGGACUGGAGUUCUACUUGGCAGUGAGUCAAGUACGCGAGCGCACAGUCAGGACGAUCGUGACGCUUGGGAUGGCGAAGACGUUGACAACGUUGCGGGAACAGCAACUGAACGAGUCGAUCGCUAGAAUUGAGCAGCAAUAUCCCGACUUUACGUGUCUAUCUACGAGCGAGGAAAGCCUUUCCCUGCAGCAGCUGGUGGAAGCUGGACAUCCGCCGAUGGACUUAUUAACGGCGUUGCAACUUCCGUGGCACAAGGUCAGGGGUUCAUUAUAA